AUGGUGAAGACUCCGGAUAUAAAAUGUCAAUGCCAUGCUGGUAGUGAAGGGGCCAGAUGGGAGCGAGAAACACAUGCCGGCCAUCAGAAACUUGAAACAAGGAGGUUUGGAAACACACCUGCCCAUUGGCGCGAACCUACCCUCGCCUCUUUCCGACAAUCCUUCAAACCAACCUUUACAUCUUCAAGACUCACACUAGCUAUCACCAUGGUAGCAUUCAGCGCCACGGCGCUUUUCCUCACGCUGCGCGUGCUUCUUUCGGCAACCCCGUCGUCUGCUGCGCCGGUCGCACAGGCAGACACUCCAGCAACGGGCGCAGCCAGUGGCUACUGGCUUCCUGAACUUGCUUCCAAGGGACAAGGAAAAGCCGCAUUCAACGAGGCCCCGGAUACCUACCUAGUGUACCGGAAUGUUAUGGACUUCGGAGCCAAGGGUGACGGUUCAACCGACGAUACCGCCGCUAUCAACAAGGCCAUCGCUUCCCUGACCAAGACCUCUUCUGACAGCGAAGUACGGUGCGGUGAGGGUUGUGACUCUACCACCAUCACCCCGGCCGUCGUCUACUUCCCCCCCGGAACCUACAUGAUUAGCAAGCCCAUUAUUCAGUACUACUACACUCAAUUCAUUGGCGAUGCCAAGCAGCUACCCACGCUCAAGGCUACCGCUGCUUUCGAGGGUAUGGGUCUCAUCGAUGCUGACCCUUACAUUGAGGGUGGCAACGGCGCCAACUGGUUCACCAACCAGAACAACUUCUACCGUUCCAUUCGCAACUUCAUCAUUGAUAUCUCGGCUGCUAAGGCCGCCGCCGGUGUGCACUGGCAGGUCUCACAAGCUACCAGCAUCCAGAAUGUCGUCUUCAACAUGGCCGAUGCCAGCACACCCGAGGGCCAGGCCCAAAAGGGUAUCUUCCAAGACAACGGCUCCGGUGGUUUCAUGACUGACCUCGUCUUCAACGGCGGUGCCAUUGGUGCUUUCCUCGGUAGCCAACAAUUCACUACCCGUAACAUGACCUUCAACAAGUGCGGUACCGGUAUCUACAUGAACUGGAACUGGCUCUGGACCAUGAAGUCAAACACCUUCAACGGCUGCAAGGUCGGUCUCGAUAUGGCCAACGCUCCUAAUAACCAGACUGUCGGCUCUGUGCUCCUCUUGGACAGCAAGUACAUUUCCACCCCUAUCGGUGUCAACACUUCUUUCUCCGAGACCAGCAUUCCCGUCGGUGGUGGCACCCUCAUCAUCGACAAUGUUGACUUCUCUGGCACCGAGACAGCUGUCCAAGACUUUCAAGGCAAAAAGCUCCUCGCUGGUGGUUCGAUUGUCAAGACCUGGGCUCAGGGUAACGCUCUUGCCUCUGGCGGCACCCAGGGCCGCGUCCAGGGCAAUGUUCAGAACGGACCUACGAAGCCCCAGAGCCUUCUCGGUAAAGACGGUGGUCUCUUCGAGCGCAGCAAGCCUCUUUACGCUGACGUUGCUGCCGGCCAGUUCGUCAGCCUGAAGACUGCUGGUGCAAAGGGUGACGGUAAGACCGACGACACCAAGGCUGUGCAAGCUGCCAUAGAUGGUCUCACCGAUGGCCAGGUCCUCUGGAUCGAUCACGGUGCCUACAUCCUCUCCGACACCAUCGUCAUCCCUGCCGAGAAGAACAUCAAGAUCGUCGGUGAGACCUACCCUCUCCUAAUGGCUACCGGUGCCAACUUUGAGGACAUGGAGAACCCCAAGCCGCUCUUCCAGGUCGGCAAACAGACCGGCGACAAGGGUGCCUUCGAGAUGUCCGACUCCAUCAUCACCACCAAGGGACCCGCUCCCGGUGCUAUCCUCAUGGAGUGGAACAUCAAUGCCGAGAACGGCGCCGCUGGUCUUUGGGACGUCCACUUCCGCGUUGGUGGUUUCCAAGGUACUGAGCUCCAGUCCGACACGUGCAGCAAGCAGAACGGCACCACGCACGACGCCGACCCCAAAUGCAUCGGUUCCUUCAUGCAGCUCCACAUCACCAAGAACUCCAACGGCUAUUUCGAGAAUGUCUGGCUGUGGACCGCCGACCACGAGCUCGACCUCAAGGACCACAAUCAGAUCGACAUCUACAACGGACGUGGCAUGCUCGUCGAGUCGCAGGGACCCGUCUGGCUCUACGGCACCGCUUCGGAGCACUCUGUCCUCUCUCAGUACCACUUCCAGGGCGCAAAGGACAUCUACCUCGGCGCCAUCCAGACCGAGACGCCGUACUACCAGCCCAACCCCAACGCGCUGCAGCCCUUCAAGAAGAACGAUAAGUACUUCGAUCCGGACAUGAGCGCCAAGAGCGACAAGACAGCCUGGGCGGUGCGGAUCAUCGAGAGCGACAACAUCUGGGUGUACGGUGCGGGCACAUACAGCUUCUUCCAGGACUACAGCCAGGACUGCGUCGCGGCCAACAACUGCCAGGAGCACAUCAACGAGAUUGACGCGAAGUCGACCAACAUCAACGUGUUUGGUCUGUCCUCCAAAGCGUCUGUCAACAUGAUCACGCAGGAUGGCAAGGGUCUUGCGCUCGACAGCGACAACAGGUCCAACUUCUGCGCCACGCUGGGCAUCUUUGCCCAGGCGUAG